AUGGCGAACGAUGCGUUGACCCUGCUCGGGAUGGGGAAUCCCUUGCUCGAUAUCUCCGUCACCGUGCGCGACGACGCGCUGUUGACAAAGUACGAUCUGAAGAUGAACAACGCGAUCUUAGCCGAGGAGAAACACGCGGAGUUGUACGCGGAAAUGGUGGAGAAAUACGCGGUGGAGUACAUCGCGGGAGGGGCGACGCAGAACUCCAUCCGUGUCGCGCAGUGGAUGCUGCAAAAGCCGGGCGCGACGGCGUACAUGGGGUGCGUGGGCGAGGACGCGUUCGCGCAGCAGAUGCGCGCGUCGUGCGCCGAGGACGGCGUGGUGACGAAUUAUAUGGUUGACUCUUCGACGCCCACGGGGACGUGCGCGGUUAUCGUGAAGGAUGGCGAGCGAUCGCUGUGCGCGGCGCUCAACGCGGCGAACAACUACAAGGCGGAACACCUGAACGCGAGCGAAAACUUUGCGCUCGUGGAGAAGGCUUCGUACUACUACAUGGCUGGUUUCUUCAUGACGGUGAGCCCGGAGAGCAUCAUGCGCGUCGCCAAGCACGCGUGCGAAAACAAGAAGACGUUCAUGAUGAACCUCAGCGCACCAUUCUUGAUGCAAGUGCCGCCGUUCUUGGCUACGCUCAUGGAGGCGCUUCCGUACAUGGAUUACUUGUUUGGCAACGAAUCCGAGGCUUUGACGUUCGCCGAAUCGCAAAACUGGGACACCAAGGACAUCAAGGAAAUCGCACUCAAGAUUGCCGCGAUGCCGACCGCCGAGGGUAAGGGAUCGCGCACGGUCGUCAUCACCCAAGGGUGCGACCCGACUGUCGUCGCUCGCGACGGCUCCGCGAGCGAGUACGCUGUCAUUCCGCUCGCCAAGGAAGACUUGGUCGACACCAACGGUGCGGGCGACGCCUUCGUGGGUGGUUUCAUCUCUCAGCUCGUUCAAGGCGGUGACGUCGCGAAGUGCUGCGCCGCGGGUAACUACGCCGCGAACAAGAUCAUCCAAGUGUCUGGCUGCAAGUGCGAGGGAACUCCAACGUUCACUGCGUAA